UAAAUGUGAUGUUAUUUCCCAAACGACUUCGUCGUGAGUGUUAUAUUUGUGGAUAAAUACAUGAUUUGGACACAAGAGUAGAUGCAGUGAUCACUGAAUGGAUUCCACCCACUAUUGCAUGCAAUCAGUUGACUGAAGAGAUAAUCCAAUUGAUCCAAGAGAUAAUCCAAUUGUCAUAAUCGAUGGCUUUGUAUACUUCCGAUUGGAAUCCUUUGGGAAAAGAUAUUUAUUACCGAAAGCAUGAGUUGAAUGCCAUGUUUUGGACCAAUGAAGUGAACCUCAAAGACUUCAUCGUGUCUUCGGCUCCAUUCGGGGGUCCAAUAGCUCUGAUUGAGAGAAAGAACUGGAACCGAUUGGCGACGAAUGGUAGCACUGGUCUGAAGCCAAACCAAUUCAAUGUAUUCAUCUUCUCGUCAUUCGGUGAACUCAUAUCAACCAUCAAAUGGACGGGCAGUGAGUUAUCACUGAUCUCGUGGUCUAAUCGCGAGGACCUGCUGUGCAUACAAGACGACGGAAUUGUCUUUGUUUAUGACAUUUACGCCAAUUUGCAGAACACUUUCACUUUGGAUCAAGAGAUACGAGACACCAAAGUCUUGGAGUGCAAGACAUUUAACGGCAUUCACGGCACCGGCAUUGCAGUGCUCACCACUUCCUAUAGAUUUUUUGUAUUAAAUAAUAUAAAUGAACCCAAAAUCAGACGAUUAGCCGAAGUUCCGGGUCUUGUGAAAAGCCCUCAGAGUUGGGCAGUCGUUGCGUCCAGUAAUGAGACCAUUGUUUUGGUGGCCAAAGACAAUGAGUUGUAUUCACUGAAUGCUAAUCACCAGAGCUGUCAGCCCUUGAAUCCAGCCAUCAGUGCGUUUGCGUCGAUCACAGAAAUGAGUGUUUCCUACGAUUCCAGUCAUAUAUCACUUCUGACAGACGCCGGACUUCUAUGGAUUGGGAGAACUGAUAAUGAUUUGCGUAACAAUUACUGCGAGUUUGACACCAAAGCCAAAGCCAAACCGCAGCAACUGUUGUGGUGCGGGAACUCAGCCGUUGUGGGCCUCUGGAAGAACAUCCUCUUAGUGGUGGGUCCUGACAAGGAUUGGCUCAAUUACGUGGUCGACCAACCCGUCCAUAUGGUCCAAGAGAUCGAUGGCAUUCGCAUCAUUGGUAACGAAAUGCACGAAUUCCUCCAGAAAGUGGCGCCAGUAGUGGUCGAGAUAUUCGGAAUCGGAUCCAUAGCUCCCGGCGCUCUACUCCUGGAGGCCAACAAAGAAUUCCUGCGCCACAGCCAUAGGGCUGACGAAUACAUGCGAAUGAUUAGCGAACGAAAUGAGAUCGAGAUGUCUGUCCAACAGUGCAUCGAAGCGGCCGGACAUGAGUUUGGGAUCAGCACUCAGAAGAUGCUGUUGAGAGCCGCCUCUUUCGGCAAAUGCUUUUACCCUCGAAUGCAAUCCAAACCUUUCGUCGAAAUGUGUCAAACAUUACGAAUUCUGAACGCAAUAAGGCAUCACUCGAUUGGCAUACCUUUGAGUUACAAUCAGUUGGAAGUGUUAACAAUGGAAGUACUGAUCGACCGUUUGAUACUAAGGCGUAAAUUUUGUUUAGCCAUUCGUAUCGCGGAGUAUCUGAAGAUGUCUGAUGAAAGCGGUGCCGCACGAGUACUGGGGAACUGGGCUUUCCUUAAAGUGAGGCAGACUUUCAUAGACGACGAGCGCAUAGCAUACGAUAUCUUUAAUAAAUUGGGCUAUGGAUCAGGUGUUCCCUAUUCAGAGAUCGCCAACAAAGCCAUUGAGUGCGGCAGAACACAACUGGCCAUCAAACUACUGGACCACGAGCUGAGGUCGAGCCAACAGGUGCCUCUCCUUCUUAAGCUCAAACAACACAGACUCGCACUCCAGAGGGCUAUAGAGAGCGGCGACACGAAUCUGAUCCAUACAGUGAUCAUCCGAUUGCGUGAAGUGCUGUCCGCCGGAGAGUUCUUAAUGACAAUCAGAGACUAUCCGAUCGCAUAUUCUCUCUACCAAAAGUAUUGUAGAGAAGAAGAGCCCGAAAAGCUAACAGACCUCUACUAUCAAGAGGACGACUUCGUCUCUGAGGCCAACUCAUGGCUCAGUCGUAGUCUAAACGCUCAGAAUUUGACACAAAAACAAAGUUAUUUACAGUCAGCCUAUGAUUCAUAUAAAAAGGCCAGAAAUGAGUUCAAUUCGUCGAUAAUUGACGAGAAUUUACGUUUAAUUAAAUAUCAAAUCAAAUUAGAGGAGAAAUUUCAUCGACAAUAUCUUAAUCUCUCUUUACAUCAAACCAUUAAACAACUGAUUAUCGAUAAGGAGUAUAAAUUGAGUGAAGAGCUCAAGAAGGAGUUCAAAGUAGGAGAUCGUAGGUAUUGGUGGCUAAAGAUGACUAUUUUGGCCGAAAUGUCUGAAUUUCUCGAAUUGGAAAAGUUUAGCAAAAGUAAAAAGUCUCCCAUCGGUUAUGAACCAUUUGUUGACAUUUGUCUCAAACAUCGCAAUCGAUACGAAGCCCAGAAAUAUUUACUCCGAGUCAGUGACGACAAUAAAAUCAAAUAUUACGUCCGAUGCGGUUUACUAGAAGACGCGGCAAAGUUUGCAUACGAGUCCAAAGAUGUGGAGGCAUUGGACUACGUGUGCAGUAAGUGCGGGCCAACCAACCGAAUGCUGGCCGAGAAAAUCAAUACAAUGAAGAGUCAACUCAGGAGUAAAUAGAAGUACAGCUCAUUGAUGACCAAAAAUUAUUAUUUAAAUCAAUGUUUUAUUUUUAAAAUUAGUAGUUACAUUAAAAACUUAAAUUACAUAAAACCGUAAAAUUAAUUAAAAUUUUUCAACUGAGAAUGAA